AUGAAUUAAAAUUAAGAGGCCGACAAUCAACCACAACAACAAGACAACCAAGGUGCUGAGAAUUAAAAGCAAGUCGAGAAGAAAGUAGUUGUUCAACCUUUUGAAUAAGAGAAGCAAAAAAUCUAGUAUAAAUAUCUGGGACAGCCUCCUUUUGAAAUCAAUCAAGAAGAUGAAGAUAUCAGCUGCAUUGAAGGCAGAAUCCCAAAUAUACAAGCUCUGGAUAAAUGUGUGAAUCUAAAACGAUUAUGUUUAAGAACAAAUUUAAUUUCCAAAUUGGAAGGUCUCUAAAAUUGUGUGUUACUUGAAGAAUUAGAUUUAUAUGACAAUCGUUUGAUUAAGAUAGAGAAUAUUGAAUUGCUAGUCAAUUUAGAAAUCCUUGAUCUGUCAUUCAACAAUAUCAAAAAAAUAGAAAAUUUAGAAAACCAAAAGAAACUCAAGAAACUAUUUUUAUUAAGUAACAAAAUCAAAAAGAUCCAAAAUUUAGAUUUUCCUGAACUUACAAUGUUGGAACUUGGAUCCAAUAAAAUUGCGGAAAUUGAAAAUCUGGAUAGAUUACCUAACCUAAGAGAAUUGUUUUUAGGUAAAAAUAAAAUCUAGAUUAUCAAAAAUCUUGAACCUUUAGCUAAUACAUUGGAAUUAUUAUCCUUAUCUUGCAACAAAAUUUAGAUAAUACAACCUGAAAUACAAUGUCUAUAAAACUUGAAUUACCUUUAAAUAGCUGAAAAUUUCAUAGCAACUAUUGAAAAUUUGAAUCCCUUAAAAUAAUUGGAAUUGUUGGAUCUAGCUCAUAAUAAGAUUACUAAAGUUUAAGGAAUAGACUAAUUAUAACAACUAUAAGAUUUAUGGUUAAAUAAUAAUAAAAUUGAAUAUUUUAAAGACUUUGAAUAAUUGAAACUCAAUCCAAAUAUCAAAACUAUCUAUGUCGAAUAAAAUCCUGUAGCAUAAUUCCCUGAUUACAAAAUGCAAUUACUGUCUUUAAUACCAACCUUAAUUCAAAUAGAUGCUGUGAGAAUUAAAUGA